GAGAAAGACUUUUUUUUUCAUUCUGCUCUUUCCUCCUGUUUCCUCUCUUUAGGCAAGCAGAGCGGAGUGGGACUGAGUGAGGAGGAGACGUGUGCACACCACAGCCACUCCACACAGCCAAGGCAGGAGAAGAGUUUGCAAGGAGACAAUAAGAGCAAGAGAACUGCUUUUUGAGGGGGAUACCAAACUCAAAACGAGAAGUACAAGACCCAAACAAACAAAAAGGGAUUUGUCUUUCUAAACUUCUCACAGGAAAUUAUAUUGGUUUUAUUUAUAUUGGCUGAACAUAUAUACAUUUUUUUUUUCCAAAUUUUAAGCAGGAUUCCUUAGAAGGCGGACAGGAAGAAAUAAGUCAGGCUGGGACGGUGUUGACAAAGCUAGGCAAAAGGAUGUUUUUUGGCACGUUGGAGAUGUGCGUCUGGGCCGGGAUGCUCUGCGCCCUGCUGACAGCCAGCGCGGGUGCCUGCCCUGCCUUGUGUACCUGCAGCGGCACCACAGUCGACUGCCACGGACUGGGGCUCAGGACCAUGCCGAGGAAUAUCCCACGCAACACCGAGAGGCUGGAGCUGAAUGGUAACAAUCUCACACGCAUCACCAAGAGUGACUUUGCUGGUCUCAAAUACAUCCGAGUUCUGCAGCUGAUGGAGAAUCAGAUUACCGUGAUCGAGCGUGGGGCUUUUGAUGACAUGAAAGAGCUCGAGAGACUGCGCCUGAACCGUAAUCAACUGCAGCACCUUCCAGAGUUGCUCUUUCAGAAGAACCCUGGCCUGUCUCGUCUAGAUCUGAGCGAAAACCUCAUCCAGUCCAUCCCAAGAAAAGCUUUCAGAGGAGCCACAGACAUCAAAAACCUUCAGCUGGAUAAAAACCACAUCGGCUGCAUCGAAGACGGCGCCUUCAGAGCUUUGCGAGGCUUGGAAGUGCUAACCCUGAACAACAACAACAUCAGCAGCAUCCCCGUUUCCAGCUUCAACCACAUGCCCAAACUGCGAACCUUCCGUCUCCACUCCAACAAUCUCAACUGUGACUGUCAUCUGGCCUGGUUGGCCCAGUGGCUUCGACAGCGGCCUACCAUCGGACUGUUCACUCAGUGCACGGCACCGCCAGAGCUCAAAGGUCUCAAUGUGGCUGAGGUUCAGAAACACGAAUUCAGCUGCUCGGGUUACCAAGAUUCCUCCAGUCCACAACCUUGCAACACAGGUGGAGGUUCCUGUCCCGCCAUGUGUACCUGCAGCAACAACAUUGUGGACUGCAGAGGGAAAGGUUUGACUGACAUCCCAGCCAACCUGCCGGACAACAUGGCCGAAAUACGUCUGGAGCAGAAUGGGAUUAAGGCAGUUCCUGCAGGAGCCUUCUCCCCCUACAAGAAGCUGCGCAGGAUAGACCUGAGCAACAACCAGAUCUCGGAGAUCGCUCCAGACGCCUUCCAAGGCCUGCGCUCCCUCAACUCGCUCGUGUUGUAUGGAAAUAAGAUCACCGACCUGCCCAAGGGUGUCUUUGAUGGCCUCUACGCUCUGCAACUGCUUUUGCUGAACGCCAACAAGAUUCACUGCGUCCGUGCCAACACCUUCCAGGACCUGCAGAACCUCUCGCUGCUUUCGCUCUACGACAACAAGAUCCAAAUUCUGGCCAAGGGCACCUUCGCUUCGCUGCGAGCGAUACAGACCCUUCACCUGGCCCAGAAUCCAUUCAUCUGCGACUGUAACUUGAAGUGGCUUGCCGACUACUUGCGCUCCAACCCCAUCGAGACCAGCGGCGCCCGCUGCGCCAGCCCCCGUCGGCUGGCCAACAAACGCAUCGGGCAGAUCAAGAGCAAGAAAUUCCGCUGCUCCGCCAAGGAGCAGUACGUCAUCCCAGGUGCCGAGGACGCCCGGCUGAAUAACGCCUGCAACAGCGAUCCCGUGUGUCCUCCCAAGUGCCGCUGCGAGUCCAACGUGGUGGACUGCUCCAACCUGAAGCUCACUAAGAUCCCCGAGCACAUCCCGUCAUCCACCACUGAGCUGCGCCUCAACAACAAUGACAUCACCACUCUGGAGGCCACCGGCAUGUUCAAGAGCCUAACCCAGCUCAAGAAAAUCAACCUCAGCAAUAACAAAAUCACGGAGAUUGAGGAUGGCGCGUUCGAGGGCGCCUCGUCCGUCAAUGAGCUUCACCUCACAGCCAAUCAGAUCGACACGGUCCGGAGCGAGAUGUUCCGUGGCCUGGAGGGACUGCGCAUGCUGAUGCUGAGGAACAACAAGAUCAGCUGCAUCCACAACGACAGCUUCACCGGCCUCCACAACGUGCGUCUGCUGUCUCUCUACGACAACCAGUUGACCACCAUCACCCCCGGAGCUUUCGAUACCCUGCAGACCCUCUCCACCCUAAACCUUCUUGCCAAUUCCUUCAACUGCGACUGUCGCCUGUCCUGGCUGGGAGACUGGCUGAGGAGCAGGAAGAUCGUUACGGGGAACCCUCGCUGCCAGCGUCCGGCCUUCCUCAAGGAGAUCCCCCUGCAGGAUGUAGCACUGCCUGAUUUCCGCUGCGAGGAAGGCCACGAGGAGUCAAGUUGUGUGCCCAGACCUCAGUGCCCCAGCGAGUGCACUUGCCUGGAGACGGUGGUUCGCUGCAGUAACAAGCACCUCCACGCGCUGCCCAAAGGAAUCCCCAGAAAUGUGACCGAACUGUAUCUGGAUGGAAACCAGUUCAGCGUGCUACCAAAGGAGCUGUCCACCUUUAAGUUCCUCCAGCUAGUGGAUCUGAGCAACAACAAGAUCAACUCUCUGACCAACUCAUCUUUCGCCAACAUGAGCCAGCUCACCACCUUAAUCUUGAGCUACAACUCCUUGCGCUGCAUUCCCAAAAUGGCCUUCAGUGGACUGCACUCUCUCCGGCUACUGUCUCUCCAUGGCAACGAAAUCUCCGAGCUUCCCGAUGGCAUCUUCGGUGACGUGGCCUCUCUCUCCCACUUAGCAAUCGGCGCCAACCCGCUGUACUGCGACUGCCGCCUGCGUUGGUUGUCCGACUGGGUCAAGACUGGAUACAAAGAGCCUGGUAUCGCCCGCUGUGCUGGUCCACGCGGUCUGGAGGGCAAACUCCUGCUCACCACACCAGCAAAGAAGUUUGAAUGCACGGGUGAGGUGGACACAGCGGUGCUGGCCAAGUGUAACCCGUGUCUGUCCAGCCCGUGUCAGAACCAGGGUGUGUGUCAUAGCGACUUGGUGGACAUCUACAGGUGCAACUGUGCUCCGGGAUUCAAGGGCAAGAACUGCGAGACGGCUCUCAACGCUUGUGUGAGCAACCCUUGCGCCAACGGAGGUCGAUGCCAAGUGGAUAAGGAGGAUGAGGGUCAGUACAGCUGCACAUGUCCGCUGGGUUUCGAGGGUCCCGCCUGCCAGAUCAACAUUGACGACUGCGAGGACAACGACUGCGAGAACGGCGCCACCUGCGUGGACGGAGUCAACAACUACACUUGUUUUUGUCCCCCCUACUACACAGGUGACAAUGCGACAUGGACCAGCACUCGACAGCUCCUUGUUGCUGUUUGUAAUAUUACAAAUGAUCUGCGUGCAGGGGAGAUGUGUGAGGAAAUGGAGGACGUGUGCGCCCCAGGACGAAGUCCCUGCAAACAUCAGUCUACCUGCCUCAUCACCUCCUCUGGGCUCAAGUGCAUGUGCGCUCCUGGUUACGUGGCUGACGACUGCAGUGUGGACUACGACGACUGCCAGGAGCAUCGCUGUCAAAACGGAGCCCAGUGUGUAGAUGAGCUGAACGGGUACACCUGUCAAUGUGAGGAAGGUUACAGUGGUCAGCUGUGUGAAGUUCCCCCCUCGCCGUUGUCCCUGUGCGAGCUUGCUGACUGUCAGAACGGCGCCCCCUGUGUGGAGCGGGGUGGCCGCGCCCUCUGCCAGUGCCCCCCAGAGUUUGGCGGGCCACGCUGCGAGAAGCUGGUCAGCGUCAACUUUGUGGACAGAGACUCGUACCUGCUGCUCUCUGACCUCAAGAACUGGCCGCAAGCCAACAUCACCCUGCAGGUUUCCACAGCGGAGGAUAACGGUAUCCUCUUAUACAACGGAGACAACGAUCACAUUGCAGUGGAGCUGUACCAAGGUCAUGUAAAGGUCAGCUACGACCCAGGCAGCCAGCCCAGCCACGCCAUCUACAGUGCUGAGACCAUCAAUGACGGUCAGUUCCACACGGUGGAGUUGGUCACGUUGGACCAGAUGGUGAACCUGUCCAUCGACGGGGGUCUCCCCACCACCAUGGACAGCUUCGGGGCAGUGAGGCCCCUCAACGGAGAGGCUCCACUAUACGUGGGGGGUAGGGGCCCUCUCCAGAACACACCUCCCUCCUCUUCAGGGAUGCCCGUGGGCGUACACCCGGGUGCCUUCCGCCUGUGGCAUAUCCAGAACAGCUCCAGUUUUCACGGCUGCAUCCAGAACCUGUACAUCAACAACGAGCUGCAGGACUUCACCAAGACCCAGAUGAAACCCGGCGUGGUGCCGGGCUGUGAGCCUUGCAGGAAGAUCUACUGCGUGCACGGCAUCUGCCAGCCCGACGGCCUCCAGGGGCCCGUGUGCUACUGCCGGCCAGGCUGGAGCGGACCUCACUGCGAUCUGCCGGCCUCCAACCCCUGUCAAGGCAGCAAAUGUGUCCAUGGCAGAUGCAUCCCGCUGGACAACGAAUCUUACCGCUGCGAUUGUACCGAGGGCUACCGCGGUGCGCUGUGCAACCAACAGGGGGAGCUGUUCAACCCCUGCCGCCGGCUGAACUGCAAACAUGGCCGCUGCCAAAUCUCCGACACGGGAGACGCCUACUGUCACUGCGAAAGUGGCUACACAGGGGAACUCUGUGAUACAGAGUCGGCGUGUCGGGGCGAGCCCAUGCGGGACUUCUACCAGGUGCAGCGAGGCUACGCUAUCUGCCAGACAACGCGCACCGUGUCCUGGGUGGAAUGCAACGGCGUGUGCGAGGCAGGCACCUGCUGCGCCAGCCAGCGGAUGAAGCGCCGGAAAUACACGUUUGAGUGCAGCGACGGGACCACUUUCAGCGAGGAGGUGGAGAAGAGCAUCAAGUGCGGAUGUGUGGGCUGCAGCGUCUAGAACAUGAUGGAAAAGAGAGAUUCUAAAGAAAAUAUAUAAAAUCUCUAUCUAUAUAUUAAGAACUUUGAUUCUUGUAAAAUAGGACACGUACUUUGUGAGCUGCAGUAUUGAGUUGUGACUCAAAAGGCUCCAGAGGGCCCCCGACCCCUGCCCACCCCACCGCAAACAGCAGUGAGGGUAGCGUGACGGGGGUGAACGAAAGAAGAAAAGAGCUGGAGCAUUGACCAAGUGUCACAUGACAGUUUGUUGUUUAUUUGUCAGUCAACCACACAAACCCACGCACAUGCUCAGAAAAAGAUGUUCGAGUGGCACAUAAGUGCGGAUGCAGUGACUAACUGGGCUCGUUCAGUCCCCCAGCAUGCAUUACCCCUUCCUUCCAGCAGGGGGCCAUCUAGCGUCUCCUCCUCGUGACACCUUGCAGUAUUCAAAACGAGGAGCAAUAAGUUGGCUGAUUAAAAACCACAUAAAACUUUGUAAUUGAUUGAUUAGAUUUUUUUUCCCUGUUGUAUCGUGCUCUUUUCUCAUUUUUUUAAUUUGUAUUUUAUUUCACCGUGUAACCUUCAAAAAAGAAACCUCCCCGUUUAUAUAGAAAUGCCUAACAGAUUCUAAUAUAUAUAUAUAUAUAUUUGUAUUUCUUUUUUGGGGGGGUAUAGUAUUUUUCUAUGUUAAAUGGAAGGUUGGUGGUGAAGGGUGCUGGCUUGGUCUUUUUGUUUUUAAUAAUUUGUCCACCAUUUAAUGACAAGUAGUAAUGGGCCACAAACUUGGAUCUAAAACAAAAAUUGAAUAUCGUGGGAAAGUUUAUUUCAGUAGCUCAAAUCAAAAUGUGAAACACGAUUAAACGCAUGUGAAAAUGUUUUUCAAAAGCCAGUUCUUACCUAAUUUGCAUUUUUAAAAAAAGCAUUUUUGACUGUUUCAUACAUAAUAGUUGAAGUCCUUGGAGAAGGAGUUUUGUCAGCUUUGAUCAUUCAAAUUAUGAGAAAUUAAAUCGUGAAAUACUGUAUUUCACUGUAUGUAGUGAAUCGAUGCGCCGUUUCACUAUUUUAAAUUGAACCACAGAUGAAAAUGGAGUUUUCUCAAAGAUUAAAAUGUUUUUUCGAUGCGUCUAUACACGUAUAGGAGCCACUGCUGGUCUGCUCUGGAACUCUUGUCGUUAAAUAUUGUAUAUGUUGUCUUCCAUGUGAAUAUUACAUCAUGUUCAUGAGCGCAUCGGCUUGUUUUGCUCCUCUUUUUAUUUAUUUUUUUUGUAUGGCGAUGCAUUAUGUGUGCAUUGCAGUUCAAAAGAAAACAAUUAAAAAUGAAUUUAAAAACUGCAUAAAAAAAAAAAAAAACAAUGAAGCUAAAGUUCAACAUACAACAUAAGCUGCUGUCAAGCAUGAGUCGUGUUGGGAAAAUAACACAACCGUGCAACCGCUAUGACACAUAAAAGGUUAGGACAUUUUCUAGCUGAUAUUUAAAAAAAAAAAAAAAAAAAUCUUGAGGUGCCAAUUCAGUGAGCACAUAGGCUGAAUGUAUAAAUGUGUACAGAUAAUAAAUAUGCUUUUUCCUGAAGUGGUAAUGUUUAGCUGUUCUUUAGUUUAGAAUGGAUCACAUACUGUUCUGGUAUUGGGAAUUCUGGUAAUUAUGUAACCGUAGAGAUGCUCACCGUCCUCCUUAAAGGCCGUGGGCCUCAUAAAGGCGCACCUUUCGUGGAAUGUGACUUUUUGUUGGCUUCUGUCAGUUCACGUCUCCUUGGUGUGCAAGUACAACUUCCUGGUAGACAUCAUCGUGAUGCUUGUGCUAUAUUGAGAUGUACUGUAACUCAAAUCAGUAAGACUCUCCAUCUUAUGAGCUAUGAUAUACAUAACGAUGUUCAUAUAAACCACACAAUGUUGUAAAAAGAUGUUGCUUCUCUGUCACAGGACUUGAUGGUGGGAUUGAAGCGAAAUAAGUCCCGGAAUUAUGCUGAAUGUAUGUAAUGCCACAGACAAAAUGUUUACCAAACCUCCACUCUUUUAUUUCAUUAAACUUCUAUGUGUGUGCUUUUAA